AUGGCACCAGCCUCAGGUUCGCAUGUCGACUCCAAUGCCUCGAGACAAGGCAUACGAUCGCCGCCAAAUCCGGCGGCUCACAUAUCGCAUCUCCGACCUCGCUACCCGACGGAAGCUCGCCGAAACGACUCGUUUCCCGCGGCCCAGCAGCUGGCCCAGUCAAUCUCGUCCACCGAAACGCCUGAAGCUGCCGUCACGGAAGGAGCGCAGCUGGAAGAAGCCCCGAAUCUCUUCGACUCGGCCCAGCCCACUGAGCACGCGCCAGUCUCAAUCCUCGAAGCGGCCACGAAAAUUGCUCGCGACAAAACGGCAGCCCAUAACGCCAAGCUGGCAGUCUUACGGGUCUUUAGCGAAUCAUUCGAACAAGCAGCAAAGCAGUUCACGUCUGGCACCGAAAACAGCAUCGCCAAGCAAGUCGCCACCAAAUUUCUCAAAUUCUGGACUCAAUCGCUUGCCGAACUCGAAGAACCACCGAAGCCCACGUACAGCAGCGUUCUUGCAUCCGGCAAGCCGAAGCAAGGACAGCUGGCCUUUACAGCCUCCGCCCCACCACAGCGAAAACCACAGACCACCACUCGUCUGCCAGGACGACCGCCCGUAGCCCCACCGAAGGAAGACCUCCGUGUCUUCGUCCGACUUGACGCUGACGCUCCGGCCCGAAACCACGAAAGAUACGCAAUCCGGACCCACAUCGCCGCUAGAGUCGGUAUUGACCUGCGCCGCAUUCCGGCAGCCUUCCCGGUAAACACGGGCUGGGCCAUCCAGGCAUCGGAUGUGGCCACGCGUGACUUACUUGUGCAACGGCAGGCGGAGUGGGCUGCAGACCUGGAAGCCGCGGCCGUAGAGAUAAGCCAGAAAUGGCAUUCGUACGUGGUAGCCGAUUGUCCUCGUAGGCUCACAGACCUACGAGGUGUCGUGAUCAACUACGAGGAGGCGGUCAAAGAAGAGAUUGCCUGCCAAACCGGACUGAAGCCCAUCAGCAUACGUCUAUCGCGACACGACUCGGGUGAUAUGCCCACCCAGACCCUGAUUGUGUCCUUCCUGGAACCCACACGAAGACCCUGGAGACUUUUCGGCGCCAGCCGUCUCGCCCGUUACAUUGACAAACCCAGCAUCCCUAGCCAAUGCGACAAAUGCUGGGAUUUCCACGCUCGCCACAGCUGCGACCGGAUGGCGCGCUGCAGACGUUGCGGCAAGACCAACCAUCGUAGCCAAGAGUGCGCAGCCCUAGAGCAGUGCGCAAACUGCCUCGGGCCACAUUGCGCUGACGAUCCUAAAUGCCCUGCCCGCCCCAAGCGCGUUCAUGGCAUUGUACGGCGCCUGACGAAAGAGGAGAAGGGUCUGGUGAGGCAGGCGGGAGCUCAGCUCUUCGCGCAGCAGAAAAGACAGACACCAAACCACAACGUGCCCGAGCAGUCUUGUCAGAGCCCUGAUUCGAGUCAGUUACGUUCUUCGGAGUCGCAGGCAGCUGGAGAGGAUGGAAGCUCCGGCAGAAGCGCCACCCAGAGCGAGCCGCUUCCUCACCCUUGCAUUGUCGUGGCCACGACGCCGCCGCACGCUAGCGAUGACAACCAGUUCACCCCUGUCGUCCCGAGGGCCUUGCGAGUCUUCCAAGCCAACGUGGGCAAGAUCCCUCCGGCGCAUGACACUGCGCUCGCGCUGGCUGAUUCGGAGCGAUACGACAUUAUCCUGCUGCAGGAACCAUGGACAGGACUUAAAGACGGCCGAUGCCUCACCAAGACGCAUCCGGCCUACGACACAUUCUCACCCGUCACCGACUGGGACGGCCGCGACACUCGUCCGAGAGUCAUGACAUACGUCCGGCGCUCCGCAGGCCUCGUCGCUGAUCAAAAGAGACCUCCGGACUACGACGCGGCUUUGGAAAUACUGCUUGGCUGGUGCGCGACGGAUAAAUGCCUUGUAUCUGGCGACUUCAACGCCAAGCAUCCCAGCUGGCAGGCCGGUCGACAAGAGCACCGCGGUGAAGACAUCGCGUUCUGGGCCAUGGAUAACCGACUCAGCUUAUUGAAUGCUGUCGAUGUCCCGACUAACGCGCGCGGCAGCACGAUCGAUCUCGCCUUCUCCAAUAUACCUUUGGCGGACGCGUCAAGCCCUAGCACCCUUCCAUUAUGCAAGAUCCGCCUCAACUCCGAUGAGGAAUUGAAGCGAUUUGUCGAGCUGGUAGAAGCCGGUGCAGCUUUCAUCCCGACUACAACCUCAACUCCCUCCGAGCUGGACAACUUUGCGUCGGCGCUGGUGGACCUUCUUGGUUGUGCAGCGAGAGCUGCGGGCCGACCGUCCGCACCUCCCCUGCAAGUAGACGGCCGAGUGUACGAGACGCAGCUGGAGAAAGCCACCGCCUUGCGGCGAGCAACCCUGGAGCGGCGCACAGCGAGCGACGACAUCCCAGACCCGUGGAUUCCCGUGAACACGGAUAAGAUGAUUCCCUUUCCCAAUCAGGUCUCCUUCGAGGAGGCUCGCGACGCCACUCUACGCACCGGGAACACAUCUCCAGGCUCGGAUAACAUCACGGUGCGGAUGCUUCGCGCUGUCUGGCAUGCAAUCGGCAGUCUCGUCCAUCAGCUGUAUCAAGGCUGCCUCACCAUUGGUCACCAUCCGAAACCUUUUCGGGAGGCAGAAGUGGUUAUGAUCGCCAAGCUAGGACGCAGAGAUCUGUCUACACCCCGCGCCUGGCGCCCCAUCUCCCUUUUGUCUUGUCUCGGCAAGGGCCUCGAGCGGCUCAUUGCACGGCGUCUAGCGUGGGGCUCAAUCCACUUCGGCGUACUACACCCACAACAAGCCGGCGCGCUCCCGAAGAGGUCGGCCGUGGAUCUCGUAGCUGCCUUGGUUCACGACAUCGAGGAGGCAUUCGCCCGGAAGCAAGUCGCAACCCUGGUGACCUUGGAUAUACAAGGCGCCUUCGAUACAGUUCUCUGCAAUAGAUUGGUCCUCCGCUUACGAGAACAAGGAUGGCCAUCGAACCUCGCGCGCUGGGCCGGCUCGUUCAUGCAGGACAGAUCGGCACGCAUCCGCUAUCAAGACAUCGUGACGGAUUCAUCGCCCCUCCAGUGCGGUCACUCUCAGGGACGCUUCGGUUACGCGGACGACACUGCCAUUCUAUGCGUCGGUAAUAGCCUUGAUGAAACGACCGCCGAAGCAUCUCACCAUGUACGUGAGCUUCUUUCGUGGGGCGCCGCUAACGGGAUCUCUUUCGACCCCGACAAGACAGAAGUGAUGCACUUCUCUCGAACGAAGCCCAAGACGGCGCCGCCGGUGCUCCACGGCGAGUUUGAGAAACGGCCGGAUCGAGCGAUGCGUUGGCUCGGCGUUUGGCUCGACAGCUCUCUCUCUUUCAAGACACACGUCGAGAAAUGGACGGCCAAGGCGCAAGCUGUUGCCUUUCAUCUUAGGAGACUGACGAACACGAAACAUGGCCCUCUGCCGAGUGCUAUGCGACGAGCCGUCUGCGCUUGCGUCAUCCCCGUGCUACUGUACGCGGCGGAGGCCUGGUACCCUGGGCCGAAAAGCCCGCGCUGGACGAAGCCUUCCAAGGAGGGGCCGUCGGGGAUUGGCAACCUCGUCAAGAAGAUGAGCAAGGCACUCUACACGUCUCUUCGGGCUAUUCUGCCAGUGUGGAGGACGACACCGACGAACGUGCUGCACAGGAGGCGGGAAUACCGCCCGUUCCUCUACUCCUCGAAGGGCGUCGGACGGCCUUUGCUGCGCGCCUUAAAGCUCUCGACGAAGCUCACCCGCUCGUCCAGCGCACGUCGCGACCAAAAGCUCCCACUGCGGCGAGCCGACGAAAUGCUAUCGAGCUGCCCGAGACCUGCUUUACUGCAGCGCGGAUUUGCCGAAGAGCAGACUGCGCCUCUGCAGAGUGCAUCGAAACACGAGACGGCGAAAAAAUUUCGCGACUGGCUUCAGGCACUAUCGCCCCGAACUCUUGUCGUCUACUCCGACGGGUCUCGUUCUGAGGAAGGCCACAUCGGAUACGGCUAUGCUGUUCACCGGGACGGAUCCACCGUCUUGAGCGGCAAGGGCCGUCUUGGAACAGCUGAGGUUUUCGACGCUGAGGCGAAAGGUGCAUUGGAGGGGUUGAAGGCAGCGGUGAGCCUUCCAGAAACUGACCGCAUCUUUGUCUGCCUCGACAACCUCGCGACCGCAACAUGCUUACGGGGCACGCCGAACGACUCCUCGCAAGAGGUCUUCCUUGAGUUCCAAUCUUUGGCGCGAAAAUACGGAGCUGUGGAGGUCCAUUGGAUCCCCGGCCAUGCUGACAUCCCAGGCAACGAGGAGGCUGAUGCUCUGGCAAAGGCGGGAGCAUCACUGCCAGAACCCGCUGAUGGCGAACCGACGCUAGCGCAUCUGCGAAAAAUUGCCCGACUGCAGCGGAAAGAGGCUUUCAGUGCCUGGUGGGAAACCUCUGCGCCGGAGCGAUACAGAGACCUGAGGCUUAAAGCCACAACCAGCUCUUUCUCUUCGUGCCUGGACGUCCCGCUGACGGGCAACAGGUUUGUCAUGAGCGCCGUUGAGCCGAUGAAAUGCUGGAUAACCCCCUUUGAUCUGGGUGUCCAUACCCCGCCUAAUCUUGCUCGAUUAGCCCGUGCAUCUCAGCUUCGACACAGCUCCCCCAUUUCGAGCCGCCCCAUUGGGCUCACAUCCGCGUUCCGGCGACCGGCGGUGACGCCGUCCUCGCCCCUUAUCCGACUCUCCAAUGCCGCCGCUACGGAAGGAGCGCAGCGUGAAUCCGCCCCGAACCGGCCCGGCUCCGCCGAGUCUGUCAACCUCCACCCGGUCUCUAUCGUUGAAGCAGCCAACAAACUCGCCGUUGAGCAAACAAAUGCCUACAACGCCAAAAUGACAGUGUUCCGAGCCUUUUGUGAAUCGUUCGAACAGACUGCGAAACAUUUCACGUCCGGCCUUGAACACAGCUUUGCGGAACAAUUUUCCAGCAGCUUCCUCGACUUUUGGAGGCAGGCGCUCUCCGACCUCAAUCCCGCGCCCGCGCCGACCUAUAGCAGCGUCGCCGCCGGUCACCCUGCAAGCCAGCCUCUCGGGGGCCACACCCCCACGGCCGCCGAGGCCCCGCAACAACAACGACCCCGGCAACCAAUCUCCCGUCUCCAGGGACGACCAUCCCCCGCCCCACCAAAGGAAGACCUCCGUGUCUUUGUGCGGCUCGAUGCCGAAGCACCAGCGCGAGACCACAGCAGCUACGCAAUUCGGACCCACAUCGCCGCCAAAGUCGGCAUCGACUUGCACCGGGUCCCGGCAGCUUUCAAGGUAAACUCGGGAUGGGCCAUCCGAACACUGGACGCUACCAUCAGGGACCUCAUCGUCCAGCGACAGUCGGAAUGGUCCGAGGACCUAGACGCGACCUCGGUGGAGAUUACUCACAAAUGGUACAAGUACGUCGUGCCCAACUGCCCUCGACGACUUACGGACUUGCAGGGCAAUGAAGUCAACUACGAGGCGGCCGUCAAAGACGAAAUCGCCUGCCAGACCGGGCUCACACCCAUCAGUAUUCGCCCCAGUCUGCACGAUUCAAACGACCUUCCGACCCUCGAGCAGUGCGCAAACUGCCUCGGACCCCAUUCCGCAGAUUUCUCGAAAUGCCCUGCACGCCCCAAGCGAUCACAUGGCGUCAUUCGUCGCCUGACGAAGGAGGAGAAAACCUUGUCCGACAGAUGGGCGCCCAACUAUUUGCUCAGCGGAAGCAACACUCCCAGAACUGCUCAGUCCGACGACCAGGAAGCCGAGCACCCAGACGACAGGUCACGGGGCAGAAGCGAAACCUCGGUCUUAAGCUCGACCAGGACCAUGUCUCCGCCAUUCAUUAUGAGGAGGCCUGUGGCGACCCGCGACAUUCUCUGGCUCACCAUCAACAACAUAACAGUGGUAAACUUCUAUCGACAACCGUACUACGAUGAAGCACUGGAUAUCCUCCUCCAGUGGACCACACCAGGAAGGUGCCUAGUAGCAGGCGACUUCAACGCCAAACAUAGUAGCUGGCAAGCCGGCCGGCUCGAUGGCCGAGGCGACGACAUCGCCUAUUGGGCCUCUGAGAACGGCCUCAGCUUGCUCAACCCUGCCGAUGUCCUAACCAACCCGCAUGGCAAUACAAUAGACCUCGCCUUCUCCAACAUACCACUAUCCGAAGCUGUCGUGGAGGAACACCUGGCCACCAGCUCUGACCACUUCACGCUCAGCGUGACACUCGCUGACUUGGCUCCGGCCUCGGUGCCGCUGGGAAAGGUCCGCCUCACCUCUGACGACGAGCUCGCUCGUUUCGCGGAAAUGGUGGAUUCCGGAGCAAUAGCGAUCCCAGCCGCGGCCUCGUCUCCCCAAGAGCUUGAUUCCCUGGCGUUGGCGCUCGCGGACCUUCUCCAAUUAGCAGCCAAAGCCGCCGGUCGCCCCGUCCGUAAGGGGGCACGCAGCGCGCCCUGGUGGACGGAAGAAUGUGCCCUCGCUGCGGCGGAAUACCGCGCGAUUCGGAGAGUCUAUCCUCUCGGCUUCAAUCAGGAAGUCCAGUCCGCCAAGAGAGAUUUCCAGAAAGUCGCGCGCCGAGCCAAAAGGCUUUACUGGCGCAAUCUGAUCGACAGCUUCACUGACAGCGCCUCCGUAUUCAAAGCAGUCCGAUGGCUGCGAUCACCGGGUGCUUUCCAGCCUCCGCCCCUACAAGUAGGCGAUAUAGUUUACGAGACGCAGCUAGACAAAGCCAAUGCCCUACGGCGGGCGACACUCGAGCGGCGCACGGCGGACGAUGACAUCCCAGAUCCGUGGAUCCCAGUCGACACAAUGAAAACCAUUCCCUUCACGCAACAUGUGUCAUUUGAUGAAGUGCGCGACGCAACCCUACGGACCGGAAACACGUCUCCCGGCCCCGACAGCAUCACGGUACAAAUGCUCAAGGUAGUUUGGCAUGUUAUCGGAAGCCACGUCCACCGGCUGUACGAAGGCUGUCUUACCAUCGGCCAUCACCCGAAGCCAUUCAGAGAGGCCGAAGUAGUCAUGAUAACAAAACCAAGACGACGGAACCUCUCGACCCCUCGUGCCUGGCGACCCAUCUCCCUCCUGUCUUGCCUAGGCAAAGGUCUUGAGCGGCUCAUCGCACGCCGCCUGGCAUGGGCAUCCAUUCACUACGGAGUCCUCCAUUCACAACAAACUGGCGCUCUCCCGAAGAGAUCUGCCGUUGACCUUGUUGCCGCUCUGUUGCAUGACAUUGAGGAAGCGUUUGCCCGCGGCCAAGUCGCCACGCUGGUGACUAUGGACAUCCAGGGAGCCUUCGACACUGUCCUCCGCAACAGGUUGAUCCUUCGUCUUCGUGAGCAGGGGUGGCCAGAACAUCUCGCGCGAUGGGCUGGUUCCUUCACGCAUGACCGCUCGGCGCGCGUCAGAUACCAGGACGUCACGACGCCCAGCUCGCCUCUCCAAUGCGGCCUCCCGCAGGGAUCGCCAGUCUCGCCCAUCUUUUUUCUGUUGUACACGGAGCCAAUUUACCGCCUAGGCAAGCCGAAGGGGCGCUUCGGCUACGCAGACGACACGGGUAUCCUAUGCAUAGGUAACUCCCUGGAGACGACAGCCGAGAGGGCGUCGCGCUAUGUAAACGAACUUGUGGCCUGGGGCGCCGCCAACGGCAUAGACUUCGACCCUAUGAAGACUGAGGUCAUGCAUUUCUGUCGAAGCAAACCUAAGGUCAACCCGCCUAUAUUUCACGGUGACUCAGAGAAGCGCCCCGACCAAGCAAUGCGAUGGCUAGGCAUCUGGCUUGACAGCACCCUGUCGUUCAAGACGCACGUGGAAAAGUGGACAGCCAAGGCUCAGGUCGUGGCAUACCAUCUGAAAGGACUGGCAAACACCAAACAUGGCCCUCUUCCUGGUGCCGUUCGCAGAGCCGUAAGAGCAUGUAUCGAACCGGUGCUGCUCCACGGCGCCGAGGCAUGGUACCCCGGAUUAACCAGCCCGCGAUGGAUCCAGCCAGCAAAGGAAGGACCAUCCGGGAUACAGCAACUGAUCCGAAAGAUGAACAAGUCGCUUCACACAUCCAUCCGGGCCGUCCUGCCGGUUUGGAGGACGACACCGAUCAAUGCCCUCCAUCGAGAAAGCGGCAUCCCACCGGCCAUUCAACUGCUCGAGGCGCGUCGAAUGCGCUUCUCGGCCCGCCUCAAGUCUCUCGAUGAAGCCCAUCCGCUCGUGAAACGUACAGCCCGGCCCAAGCCCCCUGCCAUCCACAGGUCGAUCAAACUGAAGUACCAGAUGCCACGAGAAGGCUUCCGGACCCGACUUCGACGCAGCGACCAGCUGCUGCAUUGCAGCAGGCGUCCAAUUCUCCUCCCUCGCCGCUUCGGCGACGAUCAAGCGCUGCCUCUGCAAACCGCCACGAAAGACCAGUCAGCAGCGGAAUUCUGCAGUUGGCUCCGAGGCAUGCCGGCAGACUCCUCCCAGGAUGUCUUCCUCGAAUUCCAGGCUCUGGCCACAGCACACGCAAAGGCAGGAACCUCUCAACCCGAGCCCGCAGGCGCUAUCCCAACACUGGCAUAUCUGCGCAGGGCUGCUAGGCAGCAGCCUAAAACAGUCAAUCGCGCAAAGGCAGAGACUUCGACAGUCUCCGACAACGGGAUCUCACCGCCGCGCCUGCACGACCCGCUGACGGGCACCAGGUUCAACACGGAGCGCCUCAGAGCCGAUGAAAUGCUGGAUGGUGACCUGAGCGGCCUCACGGCCGCUGGACGGAAAAUGCACAUACAUACAUACAUACAUACCGCCGACGCCGACGACGAUUUCUUCAGCCAAGCCUUCUUCAGCCUCAACAUCAGCCUCUACAACAAGCCGAUCGUUGCGUCCGAGUGGCAGGAACAAUACUUCCUGAUGCAUGGCCGCGUUCAUCCCUACGUCCUUGCAUGGGACCUCGACCCGACCCCUUGGCGAGGACCGGUUGAGGGGCCCGUCGACUACUGCGCUCCUGCGCUGAUUAUCCGCGACCUUGGCUUCCAAGCGUCUGUAUGA